UGACCGGUGUGUGACGCAUCAGAGUCUUGCUGAAUCCAUGUGGUAAACUACUGUUUACGGAUCUACUCUCCCAAUUUAGCCUGUCAGCUCUCCAUGUGUUUUUUUACAUUCUUCCAUGAUAAAAUACAUCGAUUACUUUUAUUUCUAAUGCAAGAAUUAGUCAUAAAAAAAUAUUUAUAAAGAGAAAAUAUGGCUGCACCAGCGCAGGGCGACGACAGUGAUGAUGGCAUGGGUGAAUUUAUGGAGUCUUUCAAGACUAGGAAGUACAAAAAUGCUUUUAAUGAAGGCAACUGGGAAGAGGAGUUUGAUAAGGUGCCCAUGUUCAUGAAAACAGCCCCAGAGGAGAUAGACCCACUGAAUCACCCUGAUCUUGCCUGCAUUCAGUCUAUUAUUCAUGAUGAUGACAGAACACCUGAAGAGAAAGCCAGGACAUACAAGGAUGAGGGAAAUGAUUACUUUAAAGAGAAGAACUAUAAGAAAGCUGUUGUGUCCUAUACAGAAGGUUUGAAGAAGAACUGUGUGGACCUCGAACUCAAUGCUAUUCUGUACACCAAUCGUGCAGCUGCACAUUUCCAUUUAGGCAAUAUCCGUUCAGCUUUCAAUGAUGCCACAGCUGCCAAAAAACUAAAGCCAGACCACAUUAAAGCCAUAUUAAGAGGAGCGCAGUGUUGUAUAGAGCUGCAUCAUUAUUUAGAAGCAUUACAGUGGUGUGAUGAGGGUCUCAGGCUGCUGCCCACUGACAAGAAUCUGCAGGAGCUGAGAGCCAAAGCAGACAAGCAGAAGAGAGAAGCAGAGAGAGAUGCCAGAAAGGCUAAGGUUAAAGCAAAGAAGGAGCAGAACGAGAAAAUCGCAUUGUUAGCUGCUAUUAAGGAGCGUGGCAUCAAACUCCUGAAACCCAAGGCAUCACAACACAAGGGUUCAGACAGUGAGGAUGAUGAUGGAGGUUCUUCUCGAGCCCUGGCUGAUCUAGAGCUUGAUGGAAUCAGCUCACAGAAGGCCACAGGAGCUCGUGUUUACAUGGAUGAGCAGGGUGUCCUCCACUGGCCAGUGCUGUUCCUCUACCCUGAACAUAAACAGACCGACUUCAUAUCUGCUUUCUGUGAAAAUUCCAGUUUUAUAGACCAUUUGGCAGUCAUGUUUGGUGAAGAACUGCCUCCCUGGGAUACAGAAAGAAAAUAUCGGCCGCAAAAUCUUCAACUGUUUUUUGAGGACCAUGAAAAAGGAAAUCUGUAUCAAGUUGACCUCGAAAAGCCACUUCUUGGAGUCCUCCAAAACCAAAGGUGCACAGUGAAGGCAGGAACACCUAGCUUUAUCGUGCUGGUAUCAGGCUCUCCGUUUUGUAAGCAGUUUCAAUCGGGAAAAAAGGUGCAGAGAUUGAAAUUCUAAAGAGACGUUGGCCAUAAAUCAGCCUCCAGAUA